UUGAAAAACAAAUGGAGGGCCAAGAACGCAGAUGUGUGUGUAUAACGCCCUCUCUCCUUUCUCUACAGCAUUCUUUAGUUUUACAGUCAAAACGUGGAAAAAAACCAAAAAUCGGUUUUUCCCAGAGAAAUAUAACCUGCACCUUCUUGCUGGGGACAGAGGUGUGAUGGAGCUGCUUGAGGAAGAUCUCACGUGCCCAAUUUGUUGCAGUUUGUUUGACGAUCCUCGAGUUUUGCCCUGCUCACACAACUUCUGCAAAAAAUGCUUAGAAGGGCUCUUGGAGGGGAAUGUGCGGAAUUCAGUGUGGAGACCCUCCCCGUUCAAGUGCCCUACCUGCCGUAAGGAGACUUCCGCCACUGGAGUCCACAGUCUGCAGGUUAAUUACUCCCUAAAGGGCAUUGUGGAGAAAUACAACAAAAUCAAGAUUUCUCCCAAAAUGCCAGUGUGCAAAGGACACGCGGGUCAGCCUCUCAACAUUUUCUGUGUGACUGACAUGCAGCUAAUUUGUGGGAUCUGUGCUACCCGCGGCGACCACACUAAGCACGUCUUUUCUUCUAUUGAAGAUGCCUACAUUCAGGAAAGGGUUGCCUUUGAGUCCCUCUUCCAGAGUUUUGAGACUUGGCGCCGGGCAGAUGCUCUUUCCCGCUUGGACACUUUGGAAACGAACAAGAGGAAAUCCCUACAGCUCCUCACUAAAGAGUCAGACAAAGUAAAGGAGUUUUUCGAGAAGUUACAACACACCUUGGAUCAAAAGAAGAACGAGAUCCUGUCUGACUUUGAAACUAUGAAGCUUGCAGUCAUGCAAGCCUACGACCCAGAAAUCAACAAACUGACCACGAUUCUGCAGGAGCAGCGGGUGGCCUUUAACAUGGCCGAGGCGUUCAAAGGCGUAUCGGAACCUAUUAUAUUUUUGCAACAGAUGCAGGAGUUCAGGGAGAAAAUCAAAGUGAUCAAGGAAACACCCUUGCCGCCCUCUACUUUGCCCACAAGCCCUUUAAUGAAGAACUUUGACACUAGGGAGUGGGAGAACGUUCGGCUCGUGGACGUGGAUAAGCUGUCUCUGCCUCAAGAUGCGGGCGCGCUCACCGGCAGGCCUGCCUGGCGCCCCUGCCUGUUGCUCAUGGCGCUGGCCCUGCUGGCUCUCCUCGCGGUCUUCAGUGCCCCCGUGCUCCCGGAGUGGUCUCCGCUCGAUGAAUUGGCAGCUUGGAAAGACUGUCUUUCAAGCUUUAGUUCUUACCUGACUAAAUCCGCGGCUUUUGUAGAACAGUCUGUUUUUUACUGGGAACAGAUGACACAUGGGUUUUUCGUUUUCAGUGAAGGCAUAAAAAAUGUUAGUUUGGUGGCACUGAACUAUGUGGCAGAAUUUGUAUGCAAAUAUAAGCUGUUAUAAAGUCUUUUAAUUAUACAGUUCUGAUUUUUGAUGGGAUUCUAGAGAACACAGGAAUAACAGAGUUGCUCAAGAUUCCAGUCCUUUGUUUCUUUUAAAAGUAUUUCUUCAAUAAAGUCAUCUUUGUGUUCUUCAAAUAUCAGGGUAAAGAUAAAAGUGAAGGUUAGUAGUCCCAAGCUUCCCUUCCUUCUUAAAGAGGGAUUGAAAAUAAAUACUCUGCCUCUCGUAUUGGCUG